AUGGGCACCGCGGACGACAGCUCGUAUCGCGCGCUCAAGCCACUCCCGUUUGAAUUGGUCCAGCAUACAGGCAUUUUCUUUGAGGAGAAGCUCUACACCCAAGCACUGAACCUCCUGCUAACCACUCUCACUUCUGGAACUGUUACCUCGGGAAAAGUGAUAUCUCCAUGCCCGCAGCAUCUCGCACUCGCAGCCACCUUCCUCGUUCACCCAUCGACCACGACACGCGCCAGGUCCGCAGAAGAAAAAGAGGCUGCGAUUGUAGCGUUGCGCCUCCUCCGCCUCACAAACACCCUAAUAGGGCCUCGGGAGGCUAAAUUUGGCAUUGCCUUCUCCUUCACACAUUUUGAAACUUCGCGUCAUGGCGGCCGGCGCCGUGCCGUGGACGACACCCAUGCUUCCACCGAGCUGGCAAGCGAUGAUACCAAGCCUCUGAAUCUCGAUUUGGGCCAGUCUGCGUCCUUGUGGUCUCGUGCUACAGAUUUCUGGCAUGCGGUCGGUUGGGCCUUUAAUUGCUCCGUGCUGCACCCUGAGAGAUGGGAACGAUGGCAGGUCUGGCUGCAGUAUAUGUGUGAGGUGAUCAACGAUGACUGGGACGAGCGGGUGAAGAUAUUUACAGAGCAACAACUUGAGAAGAAGAAGUCCCAGGAUGACGCUCCCCCAGGCCAGGCCAAAGGGAAGGAAAAAAGAGGCUCGAAGAUGGAUGACGGUCGUGCCGUUUUACGGGAAAGCCUUAUUUUCCAGUACAUCGUGACAGGCACCCCGGGAUUUGGGCGAAACCGUCGUAUCCUGAGAUCUAUCUUUGCGGAUGGCGGCCCGACUUCUGUAAGCGAGUUUCGGGAAGUGUUUAGCAAGGAGCUAAAGCCGCUCAAACGCGACAAGGCCGCGAAGAAUACCAAGAAAAGGGAGGUCGAGGUCAACAUUGAUAAAGACGAAUAUGGGGAUUACUUGUCGCGCGGUGACGCCACGGACGAAGAGAACACUGCUACAGAUACGAACAAAGACCCAUCUCGGCCCGCAUCACCCUCAUCCAAAACGCGACGGUCAAAGCGCACUAGGCGAGGGACCAGGAAUGCAGCGGAUCCGUCGGAUGACAUGAAUGCUGUAGAGAGCACUGAAGAUGCAGAAAAAGUCGUUCGCACUCAACGCCUCAGCGUGUCUAAUCUAGGGGGACACAACUCGCUCGCUCUGCGCCAGCGGCUUCUUAAUGUCUUAUCAUUUGUAUCUGACCAACUUCCAAAUGAUUUCAUUUCUCUGAACGACCUCUACCACCUGUUCGUGGAGAAUAUUCGACCUCUUCCGCUCCCGGUUUUUCAAGCCAUCGUGAGUCCAUAUGUUCUUCCGGGCUUUUGUCCAGCAACGCAAAGCACUCUCUGCGAAAAGCUCAUGUGGGAGAUGAUCGAGAGCGCUGCUCCGGGUUCUGAGGAGCUGUAUCUCACUCAGGCCAAGCUUGAGCAAUGCUUUCUACCGUUCGGGGCCGCCACAGCCAGUACUGCCGACAAUGCCAAGAUAUCCAUUUUGCUCGAGUCAAUGAUCAUUCUGCUAGCCAACGACAACACAUUGUCGCCGAGUCCGUCUCUCAGAGAAGCACUGAUGCAGGGGAUUCAAGCCCGGGCGGAUAAGGCGCAGGAAGAGAUCCGGCGCAACCAGAAUAGCCGCAAUAUGGAGCCUCUGGAGUGGUCCUGGCUGCUAGAAAGCGGUGAGAGGCUGAUCCUUAUGCUGGAAGAGGUGUUGCCCUUGAACCGAAACUCCGCAUGA